CUCUGACAUUUAAAAUAUAUAACCUAAAACAAUUAAAAUAAAUAUUUUCGUAAUUUCUUCAUUUGAGUUGAAUUAAAAUGUCUAAUAGCAACCUAUUUCUAAAGUCCGCAUUCGUGCGGGCUCCACUGCAGAACGGCGUUGGCCGCUACGUUUGUCAGCUGCAGCGAAUUGUGCUGAAAUUCUGCAAAAGCCAUGGAGGCAGCCGUGGUAUAAGAGACUUCAUUGAACAAGAUUUGGUUAAUUUUGCAAAACAAAACCCCAGUGUUGUUGUAUACCUGAAGCCCCGAAGGCACAGAAGCCCUGCUGUUGUGGCAGAGUACUUAAAUGGUGACAGAGUAUGGAUGAGCAUGCACCUUAAAACCCACUCGGAAAUCACUAAGUGGAUUGAAGUACUAAGAACUCAACAAGGCGACGUUUCCGGGGCACGUCUAAGAAAAUACCAAUACACAGAUCAUCCAUCAUUACAAGGACCCUGGACACCUUUCACCUUCAAGGAUCCAGAGCUCAAUGUAGCUCAGUUGCCUGACCCCAAGUUCGGAGCAAAUAACAGAAUUCCUAUGUCAGCAACUGAAAAAUUGAGAAUCAUGUUCGAGAAACAGAAGAUCAGCGAUGAGGAAGUCAAGACUGGGGAAUAGACAAUUCUAGAUUUAAAUUGGAAACACAGAGGAUCUUAGAAUUGUAUGGCAAAAGUAAUACAUAUUAUUUAAAUUAUUGUACUGGAUAGGUUUUCUUUGUAUUGAACCAUAAAAAAUUGUUCAUAACUGGAAAUGCCUUAAAUACAUUAAAUGGUUCUUUUAAAUAAAGCAUAGUACGACCAUGCUGAUAUGACUCACAGUUAUUAACGUUCCUAAAAUUAAACAUUUCAAAAAUUACUUGCUGCAGUGAUUUUUCAUAAUUUGGUAUAAGAAAAGGUUUACAGUCUAAGUUUAAGUAUCUAUAGCCAUUCAGAUUAUCUAAUUUUUACAAAACUUUCUAUUACAUAUAGGUCCAUGGCAUAUUUUAUAAAUAGUGUAAAUAUUGUGUAGAAAGUAGCCAAAUAUGAUUGUAAUGUUUAAGUAUGAAUAAAUAGAUUAGUUCGAAAUU